UCAGCCCCCAGCCGCGGCCCCGGCCCGGCCCCGGUCCGCCGGCGCUGCGCCCCGCACCGCCCGCUCCGCCCCGCGCCGAGGGAGGCCGCGGAGGAGCGGUUGCGGAGCGGUGGCGGAGCCGCCUCGCCGGCGGUGCGCGACGCGCGAAGCGGUGCAGCGGCGGCGGCGGCGGCGAUGACUCAAGCCCGCCCGGCCCGCUCUGCCCCCCGCCCGCUCCCGCCUCUCCCCCCCCCCCCCGCCGGGGAGGGCUAUUAAAAGCUGCUGACGUAGGAGCGGACGGCCAUCUUUGAUGAGGGCACGGCUCCCGGUCCAUUGAAGAAGGAGACCCGGGGAGGUCAGCAGCGGCUGUCCUUGCCUCUCAGCUGCGGCACCGACCCACCGACCCCGCAGCCGCGGCCCGGCAUAGCGCUCCAUAAACCGAGUCUCUUCUGCUUCUGUACGAGCACUGGCAUAACAUAUAAGACUGGCUCACAGGGAAUUUGAUGUAAGUCACCCAAGUCCCUGAAGUUACUUGCAUUGUCUAGAAGACACAGAGUGCAGGCUCACAAGCAGCUGAGCACAAAUCCUUGAUCUGCAGCUUCCACAAACACACCCACAGCUAAAAUGGCAGAAGACGCAGAUAUGCGCAAUGAGUUGGAAGAAAUGCAGCGGCGUGCUGACCAGCUUGCUGAUGAAUCCCUUGAGAGCACCCGUCGGAUGCUGCAGCUUGUUGAAGAGAGUAAAGAUGCUGGUAUCAGGACUUUGGUUAUGUUGGAUGAGCAAGGAGAACAACUGGAACGCAUCGAAGAGGGAAUGGACCAAAUCAAUAAGGACAUGAAAGAAGCAGAAAAGAAUUUGACGGACCUAGGAAAAUUCUGUGGUCUUUGUGUCUGUCCAUGUAACAAGCUUAAAUCAAGUGAUGCUUACAAAAAAGCCUGGGGCAAUAAUCAGGAUGGUGUUGUAGCCAGCCAGCCUGCACGUGUCGUAGAUGAACGGGAGCAGAUGGCCAUCAGUGGUGGCUUUAUCCGCAGGGUAACAAACGAUGCCCGGGAAAAUGAAAUGGAUGAGAACCUCGAGCAGGUCAGCGGCAUUAUUGGCAACUUACGUCACAUGGCCCUGGACAUGGGCAAUGAGAUCGACACACAGAAUCGCCAGAUUGACAGGAUCAUGGAGAAGGCUGAUUCCAACAAAACCAGGAUUGAUGAAGCCAACCAGCGUGCAACAAAGAUGCUGGGCAGCGGUUAAAUGCAGCAAAGUGCAUUUCCUUUUAACGCUGUCCAACAGGGCAGUACCUUCAUGCUUUUAUCAUGGUAUUUACCUACUAGGUUUGCACACAUGCACAUAUCAGCCCCAUUGUAAAUGUUGUCCUGUGUAGUUUGUCAGCUUUCCAAAAAUGAUACUUGUAAUUAUUUUUUUCUAGAUAUCUUUCUUUCCAAAGGUUGUACAUAGUGCUGAUUUGAUGGCUAUAGCUCACUAUGAUAUUUUUUGGGAUUCUUCCUUUCCUUGUUUCUGUUUUGGAUUCCUUUCCUUUUUUCCCUCUCAACUUUUUUUUUAAAUGAUGUUUGCUGAAUGACAACACUGUUGGAAUGCUAAACGUGCUGUUAACCUUUAAAUAUACAGUAUUGUUCUUGUAAAACUGUGACAUUCCACAGAGCUACUGCCAUGCUCCUGUCUUUGGGUAUCAUGAUGUUUAAGCACUUAAACCUGCUGUCUUCAGUUCUUCAUUGCCAUUAUCUGUUGUUAUGAUUUCAUGAUUAGACAAUGUGGAAUUAUAUUACUAUAACAAGCAUUGCACUAAAAAGUGAUGUGAUUUAUGCAUUUAUGCAUGAGGAAUAAAUAGACUUUUAGACUCCUACUUAAACAAGACUUUUCCCAUGGCAGUAGCACACCACCAAUGACAACAAAAGCAUGCUCAGUAUUCGGACUCUUUUGGGACUAUGUUAUACCAGCAAGUUUGCAGUCGUGCCACUUUUUUCUUGUUGAUAUAUAUAUAUAGUUAUUAAUCAUGAUCAUUUUUUUUAAUUAUUAAAAAAGAGGGAUUUGGCACUCACCAUUUAGCCAUUGCCAGCAAAAUAAAAGCUUGGCUGAAAAUAUGUCAAAGACAAAAAGAAAUAAGUGUAAUAUAUUGGGUUUGUCUGCUGCUUUUGAAGACUAUCUUUUGGAGGAAACGACUACCAUAUGAAAUGGUGCAAAGAAAUGUAAUUUUUAUAAGGCUCUCUCUUACUAGUCGCUAUCCCCAUGUGGUUUGUUAUCGGUACAGUUCUCUGUUGCUUACCUAGAGCUAUGCACACCAAAUCGCUGAGAUGUUUAGUAGCUGACUUAAUUAAAAAAUAAUAAAAAAACCUAAAUGAAUGAACUCUAGAUAAACUGUGAGAUAAAUAUCAUUUACAGCAUGUAAUAUGAAAUUCCUUAUGUCUCCUGUCAGUUUGUGAAGUGAUUGACAUUUUGUAGCUAGUUUAAAAAUUAUUAAAAAUUAUAGAUCUCAGAA